CAUUUAAUAAAAGCUAUUAAAACAUAAAUUGAAAAUGUUUAAUUUGUUUUUUCUAAUAUAUUAAUUAAAUUGGUUUCAAUUAUAUAAAUUGAAAAACAAUGACACCUACACUGGGCUAUUGGAAUAUACGUGGGUUGGGGCAACCAAUUCGUUUAUUGUUGGCCUAUACGGACACUAAAUAUGUGGACAAACGCUACAAUUGUGGUCCGGCACCUGAUUUUGAUGCGAGUGAAUGGCUUAAUGACAAAUACAAACUGGGACUCAACUUUCCUAACCUUCCCUAUUAUAUCGAUGGUGAUAUAAAAAUUACACAAAGUUUAGCCAUAAACCGAUAUAUUGCCCGCAAAACCAAACUCGAGGGACAGACAGAUGAGGAACGACUUCGGGUUAGUCUAGCGGAGCAACAGUUGGUUGAUAUGAAUGAGGAUUUCUCGCACAUCGCAUACGACCCUAAUUUUGAAACAUUAAAAGUGGAUUAUCUCAAGAAUUUACCCAAUACUUUGAAACUAUUCAAUGAUUUUCUCGAUAACCGACCGUUUUUAGCAGGAGAAAGUGUUACUUAUGUUGAUUUCAUUGGUUAUGAAUUAUUAGACAAAUUGAAUGCAUUUGCACCUGAAAUGGUAUCCAAAGUGAACAAUCUUAAGAAAUACAUUGAAAGAGUAGAAUCGUUGCCACAAAUUGCCAAUUAUUUGAAGUCCUCACCCAAACAGGCAUACAAUGGACCGAUGGCUAAAUGGGGUGGAAGUGUUGAAUGAUUUUAUUGGUUAAAAUCUUUAGUUAUGCAAUAUAUUAAUAAAUAAAUAAAAUUUAGCAAAAUAUAAAUUUUAGU